GGUAUGUCGAUCCAAAUCCGACGGUGAAAGAUUUAUACCCCAAAUCAUCAUUGUCGUCCUGACGUCUUUUCUCUUCUCUUCAAACCCUAGCUGCCGGACUGCCGCCUCCCCUCAUUCCGUAACCUCCGACGCCUGCUUGCUCUCUCAGAGUAAUCUUUAAUUUGGAGUUGUAGAUUUCCUUUUCCCGGCCAAGAUGUUUAUGAUUAAACCCAGAGGAUUCUGCAAAUUUUUUUGUCCCCUGUUGCUGUUGCUCUUGGUUAAGUAAUUCAUAGAAGAACAAGUCGUCAAAGAACACUAUGGUUCGGGCAUAUUCUCAAGAACACACUUACAAGCAUCCAUGGGAGCGGGUGACUUCUGCGUCGUGGCGGAAAUUCGCUGAUCCAGAGAACAAGCAUACUCUAUCGCACAUUCUUGAGGUCGACACUCUAAGCCACAAACUCGAACCGAGUGGGAAACUACACACAACUCGUGCAAUAACCAUUCAUGCCCCCGGCCCGUGGUUUGUCCGAAAGAUCAUUGGCCAAGACAUAUGCCAUUGCGUCGAAUCAACUCUUGUGGAUGCGAAGUCGCGGUCGAUGCAGCUAGCCACGCGGAACAUCAGCCUCCAAAAGUUCAUCGAGGUUGAAGAAAAAAUCAGGUAUGACCCCCACCCAGAAAAUCCGGACGGAUGGACACUUUGCAGGCAGGAAACAACGAUAAGGAUAAAGCCUCUGUCGGCAUUGGCAUCGAUGGCGGAGAGGAUAGAGCAGAAAUGCGUCGACAAGUUUCAACAUAACAGCGCAAAGGGGAGAGAGGUGAUGGAAAGGAUGUGUAAGUAUCUCGAAGCUGAAUCCCGAGGAAUAUAUCGCUAGCUAGCUGAAUCACGGUAAACCUGUUUUUUGGCACUGGUCUUACAGGUUUUGGAUCUUAUAUAAAUACGAUAUAUAGUACCAUCCCCCGAAAAACUGUCUUAACCACCGAUGUCCCGGUUAGUUCCUUUGUUGCGGCGUAAAGUAGUGAGUUUAACAUGUAAUGUAAUAGCCUCUUCUCUUCUCUUGUGCUGUGUUGUGUUGUGUUGUGUUGCGACAGACAGACAGCUAUGGUCAUUGGAUGUCGAUGAUGUUGUUGAUGGAAUGGAAGGAGGAAUAAAUUUGUCCUUUCCUUACAGAA